AUGAUCUAUUUUCUUGCCUUGAACAGCGCCAGCUGGAAUAUGUUACAUUCCAUCCCAGGAAGGGAAUCCAAGGAACAAUUCCCAGCAAGCUUUGUUCAGUGUGCAGAGAGUAAAAACCUCCAAGGCCUUUCAUUAGAAGUUUCACAAGAUUUUUCCAUCAUCUUCCACCUAGAGCAGUGCAGUGUAGCAGUGUUAGUUGCUCAGUUGUAUCCUACUGUUUGCCACCCCACGAACUGUAGCCUGCCAGGGUCCUGUGUCCAUGGGAUUCUCCAGGCAAGAAUACUGGAGUGGAUUGCCAUUCCCUUCUCCAGAGCAUCUUCCUGA